GAAGUGGAAACCAUUGACUCUUAUCUGAAGAGAGAUUCCAUUUGCAACCUGCUGCAUAACUCGUUCAAAGUAGAAAAGGACACGAUCUUCCACAACUCAAUUACACGUGAAGUGCAGGGAAGCAAAACCAGCAACCACUUUUUUCAGUGUGAUCAGCUCACUGAUUUCAAGGCCUUCUUGCUUAUUUCCUAGAGUAAAGCUGCUUAACUGAUUUUAAGAAGGUUUCAUCAAAAUUGGUUCUCUCCAAAAGAGUUUAUGGCAUAUUCUGUAUCGCUGCUGUUUAUUUCAUUAUUGUGUUUGAGUUCAAGUCUAAGUAGCUGUUUAGCCAGUAGAAGACGCGAGGUAAUUACAGUAACCAAUGGCGUUGUUGCCACUGAUCAUGGUCAGUGCUCAACCAUAGGGAGGAAUGUUCUCCUUGAAGGUGGCCAUGCUGUUGAUGCAGCAGUUGCUGCAGCGCUUUGCUUGGGCGUUGUGAGCCCUGCUUCUAGCGGCAUUGGCGGUGGUGCAUUUAUGCUUGUCCGUUCAGCUGAUGGGGUCGCCAAAGCCUUUGAUAUGAGAGAAUCUGCUCCUCAGAAAGCUUUUGAGGACAUGUAUUCCGGAAAUGUUGCCCUAAAGGAAGGUGGCGCUCUCUCUGUUGCAGUCCCGGGAGAACUUGCAGGACUUCACGAAGCUUGGGAACAAUAUGGGAAGAUUUCCUGGGAGAGACUCGUAAAACCAGCAGCACAACUUGCACAUAAUGGAUUCAAGAUUUCGCCGUAUCUCCAUAUGCAAAUGGUGAAAACAGAAUCAGGCAUCAUGGCAGUUAAGGGACUUCGUGAUAUAUUCUCAUCUAACGGUAGCCUUUUGCAACCUGGUGAUAAAAUUUAUAACAAGAAACUGUCAAAAACUCUGAAAGCGAUAUCAAAAUAUGGAGUGAAGGCAUUGUAUAAUGGAACGAUUGGGUUCAAUCUGGUUAACGAUGUGAGGAAGGCCAGGGGAAUUCUAACAAUGAGGGACUUGCAGCAUUACCAAGUUAAACAGAGAAAUCCGAUCUCAGUAGACUUCAUGGGGGUUAGAGUACUUGGUAUGUCUCCCCCUUCUUCUGGAGGAGCUGCAAUGUCACUUGUAAGUACAAAACUCAAAUUUCACUUUUCACUUCUUUAUUUUUCCCUAAAUUCCGUCACUUUUUGCCUUUUGGGACUUCCUCAGAUACUAAACAUCCUCGCCCAGUACGAAGGGCUGUUAAACUUAUCAGAUUCGCUUAUGAUCCAUAGAGAAAUUGAAGCUUUGAAACAUGCAUUUGCCAUGAGGAUGAACCUUGGCGAUCCGGAUUUUGUCAAUACUACAGAUGUUUUGAAGGAUAUGCUGUCAACCAAAUUUGCAGCCAAGUUGAAGAAGACCAUUUUUGAUAAUAUGACAUUCAAUGCCAGUCAUUAUGGUGGAAAGUGGAACCAGAUUCAUGAUCAUGGUACCAGUCACAUAUCCAUUGUAGAUGGUAAAAGAAAUGCUGUCUCUAUGACCACAACUGUAAAUUCAUAUUUUGGCUCGAAAUUCCUUUCACCAACUACUGGGAUACUUCUCAACAAUGAAAUGGAUGAUUUCUCGAUGCCUGCAAAGAAUUUGAAAAAUGUUCCACCUCCAGCACCAGCCAAUUUUAUCUAUCCAGGCAAAAGACCAUUGUCAUCUAUGAACCCUAUAAUUGUCCUCAAGGGGAAAAAACUGAAAGCUGUCAUUGGUGCAAGUGGUGGAUCUUUUAUAAUUGCAGGUACAACAGAAGUAUUUCUGAAUUACUUUGCAAGAGAAAUGGAUCCAUUCUCCUCUGUCAUGGCUCCAAGAUCUUAUGAUCAGCUUAUUCCCAAUGUGUUACAGUAUGAGAACUGGACAGCAGUUACAGGCGAUCACUUCGAGGUUUCUGAAACGACACGGGAAGCUCUAAAAAGGAAGGGACAUGUCUUACAAAGUCUUGCUGGAGGGACAAUAUGCCAAUUUAUAGUACUUGAGGAAUUGGAUUCAUCAACAUCUGGGAAACUUGUUGCAGUAAGUGAUCCAAGAAAGGGUGGAUUUCCAGCUGGUUACUAAAUCUGGCUGAUUCCCUAAUUUCUCUCCAUUCUUCUAAAUUCAACACUGAAGAAUGUAAGAAGUUAAUAAGCAGCGAUGAUCAAGAAAAACUUCGAUUUAGCGUUAAGAGUGCUAUUUACAUUGAUCAAGAGCAAAAAUGAAAUGCAUAGAAAUUAAAAAUUCUUGUUAUGUUUCAGAUGAAAACAAAAGAA